UCCUUAUAUUUUUACAAAAAAUUGUUUCUUUCCAUUUCAGUUCGGACUUAUUAUAAAUAAACUGCUGAAAUUAUUUAUUGUUUAACAUCAAUAAAUUUGUUAGCGUAACUGUGUCAUGUUAAUAGUUAAAUUAAUGUUUUUAUGAUUCAUACUUAACUGAGCUAUGUGUAUUAGUGAUAAGCUUAUCGGUUAAGCGGCACCGGUCUGGAGUUACACGUCCUGAAAGGAUAUUAAUCGUGAUAUAAAAUUAGUAAUUUUUUUAAAAUGUCCGGAGAGGGUUCUAGUGCAAAUGGUAAUCAGAAAGUGGCUCUUAUCACGGGCAUAACUGGACAGGAUGGUUCCUAUUUAGCAGAAUUCUUAAUAGAGAAAGGGUAUGAAGUGCAUGGCAUUUUAAGACGUUCAUCUUCCUUUAACACUGGAAGGAUACAGCAUUUGUAUGGACAGCCAACAUGUCACACUGGAGGAAGGAUGCAUUUACAUUAUGGUGACCUCACUGACACUACUUGCCUGAUCAGUAUUAUUACAAAGACUCGCCCGAAGGAAAUAUACAACCUAGGAGCACAAUCACAUGUCAAAGUAUCAUUUGAACUUAGUGAAUAUACAGCCCAAGUAGAUGCAUUAGGUACACUCAGGUUACUUGAGGCUAUACGAGCUGCAGGAUUAGAAAAAGAAACAAAGAUAUAUCAGGCAUCAACUUCAGAAUUAUAUGGCAAAGUUGUAGAAGUUCCACAGACUGAAAAAACACCAUUUUAUCCCAGAUCUCCAUAUGCAUGCGCGAAGUUAUACGGCUAUUGGAUAGUUGUCAACUAUCGCGAAGCAUACGGUAUGUUUGCAUGUAACGGGCUCUUAUUUAACCACGAGAGUCCGCGGCGAGGAGAGAACUUCGUCACCAGAAAAAUAACCAGGGGAGUAGCCAAAAUAACACUUGGAUUAAUGCCGUACCUGGAACUGGGUAAUUUAGACAGCAAGAGAGAUUGGGGACAUGCUAAGGAUUAUGUGGAGGCAAUGUGGCUGAUGAUGCAACAAGAGACGCCCGAAGACUUCGUAGUGGCUACAGGCGAGGCACACAGCGUGCGGGAAUUUGUAGAAAAGGCGUUCGCGUGUGUUGGACGUUCGCUCAUCUGGCGCGGAUCCGGCGUAAACGAGACCGGACACGACGCUGAUACUGACCAGCUGUUGGUCAAGGUCAAUCCCAAAUACUUCCGGCCCACAGAAGUCGAUUUACUGUUAGGUGAUUCAACGAAAGCUAAACAACAAUUAGGAUGGACUCCUCGUGUUACCUUCAAUGAAUUGGUACGAGACAUGGUGGAGGCUGAUCUUGAAUUGAUGAAGAGAAAUCCUGAGGCGUAAUUGAAUAGGUUAGUAGUAACUGAGAUAUACUUGUUCGAAAUUAACUUUAGAAUGUGCAUUGGAAUCGAUUUUUAGAUAAAAUUAAAUUUGUUUCUUAUGUUACACAUUACAUUAGUAUACUACAUUACAUUAGUAUAGCCAACAAGGGUUUUACGUCAUAAUGCAAAACAUAUAUCAAUAAUUGAUUUUCAAUUAACAUUCAAUAUGGUGGUAGUGUGGUGGGGCUUUUUUAUAUUUUAUUUGUUUCUCUUCUGUUAUAUUUAAUUUUUCAUUGUAUAUGUAAGUGGGGUGGGAUUAAUUUACUAAUCAACCCCACUUUUAAUUUUCAAUUAUUGUCAUGGUAGCGUGGAGGCUAAAUCUUGACACUUGUACUAUAUGGUAUUUUUACAUAGCAACGCCUGACAGGCAGGGAAAAUUUAAUGCCAAGUAUAU